AGCUCCGGCUCAUGCCUCGGAAUAUUGUUAACUAACAUAUGACAUCAGUGAAUCAGACGCUAGAUGACGAUAACACGCAUGUACAGGAGUUGAAACGGUUGUUCCUUUCGAGCAAUGUAGACGAGAAUCAAUGCCUCAAUGCGGAUGGGCUUUUUCUAUUGUGCGAAAAGUUGAAGCUAAGUGCUUUUGCGAAAAGCAUUACCGAACGAGUAUUGUGUGGAGCAGAUACUGUAGAUUUUUAUGAUUUCAAAGAACGAUUUGUUUCUUACUUGCCAGAAAUAAUCGACGUAUCAUCGGGUACAGUUGACCCUUUACUGGCACGUGCACAGGAUACAGCGAGAACAUUAGGAUACGGGGAUGGGCAAAGGCUGACCCGGUACGAAACGCGUUUGCUAUGCGAAAACACCACAGACCUUGUUCAACUGUCCGUCGUCGACAUAAAUGGCCUUUUCGAGCGGGCAGACGUAGAACGGACUGGACGGGUAUCUGUACAGCAAUUUCUUGCGCAAUAUCGACUUCAGAAGCGACUCAGUGCUGAGGUCCACUUUAUUGCUGAUUCGUUCGUUUCUUCGCUCAAUCUCUUCGAAGCUCUUGACUCGACUAAUUCGGGUACUAUUGAUUCUCACGAUUUGCUGGAGUACUGGAACAAGGCUGGACUUCGGAUAGAUGAGGGCAUCGCUGUUCUGAAGGAGUCAGGACAGCCAAUGAGUGGCAAUAUCAAUGCCGUAUACCUAUCUGGUUUCUUGGAGCGGGAAUUGUCAAGAUCCACUUCUGAGGCGCCCGUUUCAGUAAAGGCAGCUAUAAUAGCCCUGCACUGUUGCAUCGAUAAUCUGAGAUGUAUGGUUCGAGAAGGAGAGUCCAGAGCAGAGCAUCUCCAUAAACAACUGCAGCUAGCAAAUCAGAGAAGAACGCUUUUGAUUGAGGAAUUAGAGCAUAAUCAAAUAAGCAUAGAGCAGGGCUACGAAGCUAGACUUAGGGAGACUGAAGAACGAUAUCGUGCUCGCUAUCUUCAGAUGGAGGACAAAUUCCGCCUCGAUAAGCGUGAGAUUCAGAAUGAGGUUGAACAGCUAGAGGAAGAAUUGUCGCGAUUGCGACAGGUUGAGACAUCCACCAAAAAUAAAGCUAUGUUGCUGGAACGUCAGAACACUCGACUGUUGGAGGAAAAUCGAGAGCAGUCGGAAGCUAUAAGUCAUCUGGAGCAACUCAAUAGGCAGCUUCGCACCGAGCUGAGCAAGGCCAUGCAACCUCGCCCCGUAGAGGACAAUACCCAGUUGAUUAUGUACAAACAGAAACUGGAAAUUGUUGUUGCUCACAACAAGCGGUUGCGGGAAAGAAUACAAGAUCUUACUGCAUCACAGAAGAAAAAGUCGAAGGCCAACGAUGGUGAACCCUUCUCGUUGAAGUGGAGUGGCGCAUUCCGAAGCCAGGUCAUGUUGAUCAGAAAGCGAAGGUUAGCCAAGGGAGACACCCUCUCUGAAAUGGAAAGCGAGCCGGAAUCCAUUUUUGUGCGGCAUAGACGGCGAAAACUCUUGAAGAGAAAGGAGAGAAAAUUGAGAUAUGAGAGAAUUGCUUCUCGGAUACUUGUGCAGGAUUCAGAUGAAACGGAGUCUUCGAAAGCAGGGGGUGCAGACAGUGGACGUCUUGGAAGUGAACUGAAUCGUCUAAGAAAUGAUCAUAAACAAGAGUUGAUUGCCGUACGUCAAACAGCAGCGAAAACGUUGGCCGAAGCUUUGAAUGAUCAGCAGAAGCAGUUAAAUCUGCAGCUAGAACGAGAGCGACGACAAUGGGAAGUGCGAUUGGUCAGUGAGAAAAAUCAACUGGAGAAGAAUUUCGCCGAAGAGAAGAUGAAGCUGAUGAAUCGGUUGCAGGAAGAUUUUGAUGCUGAAUUGCAACGGAUAUCAUCCAUUGUCAACCGUCCAGAGAACGGAACUGCCGCUGAGCAUUACAAGCGUCAGAUCAAGACUCUCGAAUCUUCUCUCGAAAAUCAGAAGAAGAGCUAUGAGCGACGAUUGGCUGAGCUUCGAGAGCGAUUCAAAAAUUCACUUCGUUCCCAUAAUAACGUUUACCUCUCCGAGAGCAGUACACCAAACUUCUUCUCCCUCGUAGAAAAGUAUAAAAACGCCGGACCAUCUCCAUCGAAUGCUAUCGAACCAUAUGUUACCUCGCGAUCAUCUUUGAGCGUUGAAAAGCGCAGUCAACCUGCUACUCAUCCGUUCCAGCGGUCCUUCUCGAACAUGGUCGGUCGUUGCGAGAAGUGUGAGUUGGCUGAAAUGAGGUUGCGUGAAAUCUACCAUACUGUGAUCGGUGAUCAUACCUUAGCAGAGAGUGGAAUCGAAGAUCUUGGCUCAAGCGCAGGAAGUCUAGCUGACGAUAAAAUCGCUCUGAAACGGGAAGUAAGGAAACUAAAGGGUCGUCUGGAUGCAACGAAGGAGAAGCUGUCAGAACUGCGUAUGCUUUUAUCGAUGCCAUCGUCUCGCUAUAAAUGCAGCCUUGGUGGAAGUGAGGGCAGCGGCGGAGAUUUGAGACGGUUAUUGCCUCAAAAGGAAUCACGGGAUUCAAGGGAGCUCCUAUCAAGAGUGACCGAAUCUGGUGAACGACAAAUUUUGCGGAUUUUUUGAUACUACGAUGCGGUCAACAUAGUGAAAAUCCGUAAUGCAGAGCACCAUUUCGAGCGGCUGAAGCUACCGCACUUAUUGAGAAGUUGGAAAGUGAGAAAGUCAUACUGGAGGCCCGCUUGUCGGAAGCUCAGCAACUCAUAAAGAAUCUCGUCGAGCAGUACAAUACGCAGCUUGACGAAACAGCUCGAGUGGGUGCAAUAUUACGUGAUGUCUAUCUGCAUCCAAGUGUAUCUUCUGACAUCCCUCAAAAGACGCCCAGCUGACAGCGUUACAUCUUCCAGCUCUUUCAACGUGUAAUCUUUCCACUAUUUAUUAUCAUUCUAGUUCACUCCGUGAUGAUUGGAGUAAGCAGGUACAAUUUCUAUUGAGUUUCAUUCUCAACACUCUCUGUGUAUAUUCUAAAAUGAUGUGUCUUAUCUUUCAAUCGUUAUAACAAAACACAGCAUAGACCACUUUUCUUUCUUCUAAUACAUCGAUUCGUGAUUCCUAUAACUUAUGCAUAUGUGAUGAUGAUUUUAACAUAAUUUUAUCUUUCAAAAUUUCUCUCGAUGCUGCUUCUUAUCUACGAUUUAUCAGUUUUAUCGCGCGUUUUCGAGUAUCUCAUGCUCUUGUUCCAUGGGGGUUCUAGUCGACUUUCAGUGUUGCGUUUUCAGUUCAUCUCAAAUCUUUCCACACAUCAUCUUUGUAUAUUUCCUGUCAAAUGUUUGUAUAUGAAAUUUGAUUGAAGUCAGGUUACUGGUAUAUUGUCUUCCAGCUUUAUUAAAGCAAAUUUUAU